UUUCUCCUGAGACAGCGCGAUGUAAAACCUACGCGUAGUAGACGCGCCAAUGUGGACAUUCAACAGGGUCAGCUCUGUCUCACCUUCACCUUCUACGCCACCCCGAGACAGCGCUUUGCGGCACUCAUUCGUGCCGCCUUCACUUCAGGCAUCAGUCUUGGCUACGAGGAUGUGGUCUCUCAGGUCACAACGGCGGAGAAAUUGACUCAUUUGGUGCGUUUUGGACUUCAAUUGAGCAACUGGAAGCUGCGUAUCAACUCCCUCGAUGGUAGCAGCGACUAG